UAAGCAAAGGGAAUAAAAAAAGAAAAUAUAGGGCAGUAAGGAUUUGACCAAACGAGCUUGGAAAUCCAUUGGAAAAAAUGGCAAUACAAUUGCGAAUCGGCGGUGGCGUCUUCCUCUCACAAUGGUCUCCACAGCUAGUGUUGGAUAGUAACAAUAGGAACGGGCGGCGGUUGGUAAUCGGGGGCGAGAGCUGGGAGAGAUCGCGAUUCAUCGGCCUUGUCCAUUGCAACAGCAGAAGCAGCAAUAAUGGUAGCAGCGAUGCUAAAAAGGGAGUCCCUAAUUCAAACUACGUUGUGCCACUCAACAAGUCGUUUUCGGCAUCAAACUCUUCGUACAUCACUCGUCCUCUAGUUGAAAUCCUUCGCGAUCUCAACAAGCGAAUUCCUGAUAACAUCGUCAAGCCUCCUUCUGAUUCUUCUUCCACUUUUCUCCCUUGGUACCAUGCCAAUCGCAUGUUGAGCUUCUACGCCCCUGGAUGGUGUGGAGAAGUACGUGAUGUUAUAUUCUCUGAGAAUGGAACUAUCACUGUUGUAUAUCGACUCACUAUUCGAGGAUCUGAUGGAGAAGCACAUAGGGAGUCAACAGGGACAGUAUCACUUAGCGACACUGACAUAGAAGAUCCAGUUGGCGCAGCAGAGGAAAUAGCAUUCUGCAGGGCCUGUGCUCGAUUUGGUCUUGGUUUAUAUCUCUAUCAUGAAAAACAAUAGAUACACACAAAAGCAUAUUGGAAAUAUGGACUAUGCUUUUAGUCUUACUGUUCAAGCACAUUUUAAUUACCCGAAUGCGCCUAAUAAUUAAAUGAAGGUUUUAAAA